CCAAAGCUGUAGGUGGCGAUAAUGCUCUGAAAUGUCGCGUCAUUGCCCCACCGCCAACUGGACUGCGAGUUCAAUCAAUGACGUGGAUUUUUCAUUGUAACAACUAACGCCACAUAAAUGAUUUUUGUCAGCGAUUUAAUCGCACUGUACGAAUAUUUUGCCAACUGUCUUUAAAGUAGAGAUUCGUGUAGUAUUUAUUAGUAGGAAUAGAAGGUCUGAGACGCUUGAAAACGGUUGUGAUAUCGCAGUGAAACAUCCAAAACUCAGGAUGAGUAAAAACAAGGUGUUGAAUCUGAAGGACAAAAUCGAUGGCAACGAGAUGGAUCUGAGUCUCUGUAACCUCACUGAAGUUCCUGUUAAAGAACUAGCUGCCUUCCCUAAAGUCACAGUCCUGGACCUGUCCUGCAACAAUAUCACCUCCCUGCCUCUAGAGUUCUGCAGCCUGAGUCACUUGGUCAAGGUGGACCUUAGUAAGAACCUCAUGACCGUUCUACCUGAUGAUCUGGGUCGCCUUGGCAACCUGCAACACCUGGACCUGUACAACAACAAGCUGACCAUUCUGCCUGUCAGCUUCUCCCAGCUCAAGAACCUGAAGUGGCUGGAUCUAAAGGACAACCCUCUGGAAAUCAACCUGGCGAAAGCUGCAGGAGACUGUCUGGAUGAGAAACAGUGUAAACAAUGUGCUGCCAGGGUUCUCCAGCACAUGAGGAUCCUUCAGGACGAGGUGGACAAAGAGAGGGAGCGGCGCUUCCUAAAGGACAAAGAACUGGAGAAGAAGAAAGAGACGAAACAGAGAGAGAGGGAGGCGAAAGAGAAGGAGGCGCGUAAACGAGACAAGGCAGAGGAGAAGGAGAGGAAGAGGAAGGAGUACAACGCUCACAUGGCUGCCUUGGCCAUCCAGGAACAGAAGAAUAAGAGAAAAGAGGAGAAGAAAAAGAGGAAUGGACAGAUAGCAGCAGAUAAGAAAGCAGCUGAAUCCGCCCCCAAAGCCCGAAGACGCUCUCUUAUUGGCCUGCUGUUCAAGCUCCUCCUGCUGGGAUUAGCUGGCGCCGUGGGGGUGUGUCAACUGACGGGGCUAAAGGAGGAGGCAGUCUGUGUGCCAAUCAAUGUUGCUGUGGAUGAUGGCCUCUCCUGGGUCCGGGAACAGGAAGUAGAUGUAAGAGUCAGAAAGCUGGUGGAGGAAGUGGAUAUCAGAGCCAGAGAGCUGCUGCAGAAACUGUCCUCUCUGGUGCCACAACUCCUGGAGCCGCUCGGAGUCAUUCCCACGGCAACAGAACCCGUGGAAACAGUAGAAAACUGAGGAUGAACUGACGAGAAUGAAAAAUGGAUGAUCAGCUUAAAUUCCUAUGGAAUUGUCCUGUCAUCGCUCCUGGUUUCCCCUCUUUGUAUGCGCUGUUUUUAACCAGUGGCUGUCUGCGUCAAAAUUCACUUACACCCUAGUUCCCUACAGUAUGUGACUCUAGUACAAAAUAGUGCACUAUUAAAAAGGAAUAGGGUGUGAUUGGAGACUUGCCCUGUGACACAUGCACACUCCCAAGUCAACUCCCAGCCACUGUAGAUCUUGAUAGGUGUACUGGCAUUCAAUAUGAUGGAAAUUCACUUGCCUAAUAGAGAGCAAGAUGAAGCAACUAUAUACUGCCUAUACCUGUCCUAUUCCUUUCAAGUCUACACUGGUGCACAGGGUGUAAAAGGUGGGGGUUGAUUGGGCAAUAGUGACAGGCCCCUCCUGUGCAUCUUAGAUCUGGGGUUAAUUGGCUACACUCUUUUGUAAUGCGUCACCUCUGCUCAAGGACUGUCAACAUUAAUAAAUGGCUAUAAGCUUGA